UACGGGCAGAGAGAGAGAGAGAGAGAGAGAGAGAGGGAGAGCGAGAGAGUUCCUUUUCACCAGAAGACGAACUCAAUAAAGGUACGAGAGUUUUGGUGAAGGCAGUUUUACUAGUUUUGGGGUUGCAGGUCUGAUCUCACCUCCUGCCAUUAAUGGGUGGAAUUAAUUAUGGUGUUUGAAUGCGAACAAAAGGAGGUGGGUGGUACAUGGAGAGUUACCAAACCAACUUAGUUUGAAGAAGGUUGAAAGAAAGAAUCAUUUAAGUGGGCUUCGCCAAAGUCGCCGCAAAGACGUGAAGGAAUGGGUGCUUUAAGAAGUUACCACGAAACUAUUGCAGCGUCUGAGCGUCGGAGUCUGCUUUCCCCAGCUGGUGGUAUGGUUAUUUAAUUCUCAUAGUCACUGAUGGUAUGGUGCUCCUAAUGAUAGUUAUGUCGGAAACUGAUUAUCGGGCUUGAAUGCGGAGCUCUCUCUCUCUCUCUUCUUCUGUCUCUGUGGUGUGGGGAAAACACUUCAGAUACUUGUUGGAUGGUUCUUUGAAUUAAGAUUUGAUUUUGGCGGUAGUUCUGAAUGUGCCCAUUUGCCGUCUCCGUUUUGUUCUACUUACUUGAUACUCAGAGAGAGAGAGAGAGAGAGAGGCGUCAUUGCUCGUUGUCGGCAAGCUCGGCGGCCUAUAUCUAUCCGUGUAACUGUAAUCUAUUUUUAUCCAUUUGCUUCGGUCAUUCGGGUGGCGAGCUUUGGAAUUUAAAGUCGGCAUUGAAGCAUCGACGCGGCGGAGCCGUUAGUAUGGUCUGUGGAUGCAACAAGUGGGGAACAAGUCUGCUUAGAGGUGUAGAAAUCGGCUUGUACACUUCCUCAUCAGACUCUUCCUCUGCGAUUGCUGCUCCGUUACUACUACUACUACUGCUGCUGUUCUUUAAGGCCUUGUUCUGAGUGGGCAUUUCAUAGGUGAGAGGGGGAUGCCGCGUCCGCUUCAGCGAGGAGGCGGCAGACGAGUCUCGGAUGGCGAAGCCGCCGAUCCGAGCGAUUCUCCAACGAAGAGCGGAGCUCAGAAGGAGGGGGUGCAGCGAGCACGCUCAGUGGGUAAUUCUGUCAAGAUGACGUCCCUAUUGAGGUUCUGGCACAGGAGGGGUAGUCUUCCUCUUGGUAACGACGACGACAGCAGCCAUGGGAAGGUGAAUUUGAAGCUGUACGUCGAUGAGAAGGGUCUCAGAUCUGAGAUGAAGGCUCUGCCGUUGCAACCUAUCAGACUCGAACCUGACGGGGUUAGUGCGCCUCGGAGCCGGACUAGUUCGUUUCUUAUCUUUCUCAAUUUCGGUUUGGUUCUUGUUAUUCUCCUUUCUCUUUGUGGGUCUUUCUUGUGGACGUUGAAGAUGCCAAGAACACCACCAUCUAGUAACACUGACCUUUAUAGAGGUUAUCGGCGGCUUCAACAAGAAAUUGUACAGGAUUUUUCGGACGUUGGAGUCUUGUCACUUGGUCUGGCUAAGCAGAGGGAUUUGGAAUUCUGUCCUCCGGAAUUGGAGGACUUCGUUCCCUGUUUUAAUGCUACCGUGAAUCCGGAAGAGGGGUCUGCGGAGGGCAGGCAGCACGACCGAUUCUGUUAUCCGAGGUCGAAGGAGAAUUGCUUGAUCCUCCCACCAAAGGAUUACAGGGUCCCUCUAAGGUGGCCUACCAGUAGAGAUGUUAUAUGGAGUAUGAAUGUCAAGAUUACUCCGGAGGAAGUUGUUUCCUCGGGAAGCUUCACGAAAAGGAUGAUGAUGCUGGAGGAUAACCAGAUAUCAUUCCGAUCGGAUGCUGUUUUUGUCGAUGAGGUUGAAGAUUAUUCCCAUCAAAUAGCAGAAAUGAUUGGGUUGCGAAAUGAAGAUGGUUUUGUUAAUGCUGGUGUUAGGACCGUUUUAGAUAUAGGCUGUGGUUAUGGCAGUUUUGGAGCACAUCUCUUUUCAAAGCAGUUGCUUACAACGUGCAUCGCAGAUUAUGAGGCUAGUGGGAGUCAGGUUCAGCUAACACUAGAACGAGGUCUUCCAGCAAUCGUUGCUUCUAUUGAUUCAAAACAAUUGCCAUUUCCUUUCCUUUCCUUUGACAUGGUCCACUGUGCAAGAUGUGGAGUUGAGUGGAACCAAAAAGGUGGUGCUUUCCUUAUUGAGGUUGAUCGAGUAUUGAAGCCUGGAGGCUACUUUUUCUGGACUUCAUCAGUGACAAAUACACAUAGAUCAGCACGUAACAAGGAGAAUGUUAAAAAAUGGAAGUACAUCCGCAACUAUGCCGAAAAGCUUUGCUGGGAUUUGCUGGCCCAACAAGAGGAAACUGCUGUUUGGAAAAAAACAAGUAAAAGGGACUGCUACACCUCCCGGCAGCCUGGUACACGUCCUUCUAUCUGCACGAAAGGACAUGAUAUUGAAUAUCCAUACUAUCGACCACUUGUAUCCUGCAUAGGAGGAACUCAAGGCCGUCGAUGGAUUCCUGUUGAAGAACGUACAGUCUGGCCUCUUCGUGCCACACCAAAUAUAACAGAACUUGCUCUUCAUGGACUCCGCGAAGCAGAUUUUGAUGAAGACAGUAUAAGUUGGAGAUUGAUGAUCCAAAACUACUGGUCUCUCCUCUCACCUUUAAUAUUUUCAGACCAUCCAAAGAGACCUGGUGACGAGGACCCAUCUCCACCUUUUAACAUUGUUAGAAAUGUAAUGGAUAUGAAUGCUCGUUUUGGUGGCUUUAAUGCUGCUUUGCUGGAUGCUGGAAAAUCUGUUUGGGUCAUGAACGUGGUGCCCAUUGAGAAGCCAAGCUAUCUUCCCCUGAUAUUUGACAGAGGAUUCAUUGGUAUUCUACAUGACUGGUGUGAAGCAUUUCCUACAUAUCCUAGAACUUAUGAUAUGUUGCAUGCAGACAGCCUGUUUUCAUUGGAAGCUGUGCUUCAGCACAGGUGCACUGUUUUUGAUAUAUUCUUGGAGAUGGAUCGUAUACUUCGGCCAGAGGGGUGGGUGGUGCUUCGUGACAAGUCUUCCAACAUUGACAUAGCUAGAUCUCUGGUGAUACAGACGAAAUGGGAUGCACGUGUUGUAGAACUAGAAAGUAAUAAUGAUGAGAAGUUGCUCAUCUGCCAAAAGCAGCUUAUCAGAAUGCAGCCAUAGCUAGAAAAUUUUUUGUUACAUACUUAUUUUCAGAGUAUGGGCCUUUUGGGAGGACACAAGGGUGAUUGAAUUUCUGUUACAGCUGGAUACCUGUAAAGUUACACGGAGGAAAGGAAACCCGGAAGGCACCAAGAGGUAGGGAACCAAGCUUUGAGAGGAAGAGGUUAGAGACAGAGGAACCGCAAGGUAUUCUUGGGAUGUGUGACAUGUGCAGUUGAAAGAGAGCAAGAUAAGGGGGUACAGUAAUAUUCUUUCUGUAAGAAUACAGGAAGCUCCGACAAAGAUCAAAAGAUUCUUACCAUAGUUACUGAAUAAAAAUAAACAAUGUAGUCAGGCCAAAAGGUUAAUUAAUGAUAUUCGUGUACAACCAAUUCUACUUUUGUUUCUUCUUGCUGUACUACCCUCUUCCCUUGUCAGGCCCAUCUGGAGGUUUUAUGAGCACUUUUUCCUGGCUUCGGCAAAAUGGUUAGUCUUCUGACUAUAUUGUAAACGAGCGCUUGCUAUUUGCAGUUUUGCAGAUUAAUCCCA